UGUCAACAUAACUUUGGCAUCGGAGUGAAAAUAAAAACAUUAUCCCAGUUCGUGGCAUAUUUUCCAUCGAUAAUUUGUUCAUUUUGAAAGCCGUAAAAUUGUUCGGAAAUAUGUCCGUUCGAGAGUGAAUGUACCGCACAGCCGGAAUCGAUUGAUGUUUCUCUGUCGGAGAUUUAACGAGAUCGACAAAAUGCUGGGAAGAUUAUCGGAAGUUCUGCAGAAUGCUGCCGAUGUGCUCGCACCACCACCGACACCUCUUCAGGAUUUUGACUACCAUUACAAAUUGGUGAAGAAUUUCUAUGUUGCUGAUAAGAACUUGCCUAAGAUUCAUAUUAAUGACACUAACAUUCCCGUUCAUUUGGAGCAAAUGCUUCAGAUCUUGAUCCGCGAGGAGCAGCAGCUCAAAAUGGUUUUACCGCUCGAUAGAGCUAAGGAUGCACUUGAAGUGGAAACAGAUAAAACACCGGAAAAUGAUGUUACCAACCCGACCGGUAACAAAUCCGAAUGCAUGGAUUUCGUGCUGAAUAACCGUCCGCUAGAUGUACUAGUUGAACUUGCUGCAAAUGAUGCUCCCCCUGGAGCACGAUUCGUCAUACUGAACUGGGUUCGACGGUUGUUGUCCUGCAUGCAAAAUCCCCCGCUGGCUCACGCUAGCCUCUUUCAGCCAGUUCAAAAGCUAGUGGAAUUAUGCAGUGGAACCGUUGCAUCACCUUACGAACGGGAGGAGAUUCUGUUUCUCGAAACCGUGGCAGGACUUGUUCGAAAGGAUUCGAUUCUGGUUAACCUAUUCCUUAAAUCUCAUCACCAUUCCGCACAAAUGUUAACAAAUUGGAAGGGCAUUUCGGCUACCAAACUACCAGUAAAUAAUCCACUAUUCCAAAGCACAAAACUUGACUAUGAAUCAAGGCGGGUUUCGUUGAUCAGGGAAGAGCGAACGAGCGAAUCGAGUAGUAGCAAUGAUGACGGUACUGUCGCCACGGUCAUGGUGGUAUCAAACGAGGAUAUUUCGGAACUUAAAUGCGACUGUGAUGAAGAAGAACAUUUUGUUCUAUUCGACGCUAUCGUUAGCUAUCUGGAUAGUGCCGACAGUACCAUAAUCGUACGAGCAUGCGAGGGGAUUCUCAUUCUGGCUUCGCUACCAACACUAAACAAAUCAUGUAAAGCUAUUCAGAAUAGUUUGAGGAGGUUCUGUGCGAUGAUGGCAGAACGUCUUGCCGCUCAUUGUCAGCAGAUUCCGGAAGAUAUGGAUACAGGAGAUAUAGAAGAUGCCAAUGUGUCUUGGGGACUAAUUCCGCGAGAUAGCGAACAACCGCAUUAUAUCGGACGUUACCAGCUAACUUCAUUUCUUUGCUGGUUCGAUUACUGUGAUUGUUUGAUGCAGGAAAGUGCUGUGCUGGCAAAGGAAUUGGGUGAAUUGAUCAGGAAUCAACUGCUCAUCAACUAUAUUGAACCUGGUCUGAUGGGGAACUAUGCAUCGUUUAUGCUGGUUUUGUCGGCCAAAAUUAUUAAAAAGACGCAGUCACGCGCACUGCUAGAUGAAAUCGCUAACUGGCUCAUUGGUGAGGGAGAUAUAACAGACAUUAAUGGAGCUGACUGUUUGCUAACAAUAUUGAUUGAGAAUGCACACGAGAACUCGGAUCUUCUCCUGCAAACACUACAAUUUGUUGAAUCUCUGCUGGAUAACCCCCAUGAGAAAAUUUUGCACGGAAUGAUCUUUUUCUACAUCAACAGUCGAGGCUAUGUUGAUAACGGUUCGUUAACCAUUCAGUCCUGGUCAGACGAAGAGGACAAUCGUGAACGUCGGAGAGGUAGCGCCGUAGAUCCGAUCAAAUCGCGAACCUUGGCCCCUAAUAAUAUAUUGAAAGUGAUUAAUCACUUCCUUUUGCUACUGCCGCGUCACAUAAUGGACGAUGCGGCCGGAAUCUGUUACGAGGAGUACAUGCAAGACGCCAGUCGGCAUUACCAAACCUGGAUUAACAAGACUCGUGGAUUUAACUGGCCGGUGGAAGCCAUUUGUAGUCGGACCCCGGAUGGUUCACCGGCAAAGGAUCUACCAGCGGUGAUCAGUAUGAAAUCGAAAACAAAACUCAAAAAUGAUCCCAGUGAGGUGCAGUGCGGUGACAGUGGAAUCUCCGAGGAAAGUUUUUACGAAGGCCCAUUGCUUAAGUUGCUGUUCUCCCACGUUAAGCACAUGAGCACGCAGGCCUACGAGCUGAAUCUGGCCGUGAUUGCUAUACUGUCCAAACUGGCACUAUUUCCGCAUCCGUACUUACACGAAAUCUUACUGAGUCCGGAAAUUCCCGUGGCCCCCGGAGCCACGACACUGUGGUCUGUGAUGCAAUUCCUUGCCCGGCAGUUGCUGACGGAAAUUCCUAGGGUCGAGAAUUUCCGUGAGAAGAUUAUCGAAACGGGAAAACGGCUGCUAUCGAAUCCGCCUCUUUGUGUGCAUGCUGCUUCGCAAGAUCCGGAGGAGGAAGAAGAGGACGAGAUCAACGAUCCACUGUUUGAGUCGAUUGUCGUUCUGGAAGAGUUUUGUAAGGAACUGGCGGCGAUUGCAUUCGUCAAGUAUCAUCAUGCUACCGAGUGAAUGCUGCUGUGAACGCUAGCCAGAUACAGAAUUGUGCAUUAUAAGUAAAAUUUAGCGAAAUUUUAUUGGAAUAAUUUUAUUUGCAACUUUAAUCGUGUUAAUCGCCUGUAGUAUUUCAUUAAGUUUUAUUGCAAUGAGGAACGCGUACCGUUUCAAGGGGACAUCAAUUUUCCUAAUAAAACGCAUCUAUUUUUGAAUAUAGGGUUCAAACGAUGCAUUAAGAUGAUAUAAAUACAAACAUAUUCUAGUCAAAUGUCUAA